CCAUAUUGUCAGCUUGCGAAGAGAGCGCGUCAUUUCUUCAAAAAUGUCGAAAUAGUACGUGUCAUCACUGUCUUUGAUAACAUGCUCGCUUGUAUUAUAAUGUAGUGUUUAGUGUUAGACGCUAUCACGAUGAUACAGCUAGCUUAGCAAUUCAUUAGCCGACGUUGUGAGUGGAGCUGCUCCGUGGCGCUCCGCCUGUAACGUUACUUUCUUCCACUAAUGUCUUUAUUUGACAGGCGGACUGUAUCGACUAUAGACGCUAAGAUGGCGCACACUGGUGCAACGGGAGACGCAGCCGCGGACGAUUGCUCUGUCCAGCAAGGGUCUAGUGUCUGCCUGCGGAGUCGACCGUGCUCCAGCGAGAGAGACGGUCAUGUCCGGGCGGUCAAAGCGGCUCUUCAGUCCCGGCUGGGGCCCUACGAGCCCGUCCUGACCUACCUACAGUCCGUCCUGGUGUGGGAGAGACCUCUACAGUGUGUGCUUCUCUACACCGCGGUCAACGUUGUGUUCUGGUUCUUCGCCCUGACCUCACUGCGCCUGCUGUUCCUGCUGGCUUCUGGUCUGGCUGUGGUCGUCUGUGUUGAUACCUGGAGAAAUAAGAUCUGGCCUGUGAUUAGAGUCAGCAACCUGGACGAUUCAGAAACUGAGAGCUGGGGUCUGGUGCAGCCGGGCAUUCUCAGUGUGCCUGAGCUGUGCCACCACAUCGCUGAGGCCUGGGUCAGUGGAGCACUUCUCUUAUCCAGUGUGGUGCAGUACAAACAGCAUCAGCCUGGCAAGUUCUGCAUGCUGACCUGUGGAGUGUUCAGCUGCUUGGCUGUGGUUGGCAGCUCCAUUCCUGGACUGGUGCUCUCCUACUCUGCUGUGUGGGCUACUGUCCUGGCUCCUCUGGGAGCCUAUCACAGGGUUUUUCAGCAUGUGUGUUUGAAGCUGGAUCCGGUCCUGCAGAGACUGGACUUCAGUGCUUGUGGCUUCAUGAUGUCAAAGCCCAUUGAUAAUCAGUUCCUGCGGAGGCCUCUCCGCGGCUUAGCCUCGGGUGAAGACAACGAUAGCGAGGAGGAAGAGUUGGCUGCUUUCUGCCCAUCAUUCGAUGAUGCUACUGUUGCUAAAGAACUUGCUCUGACCGACUCUGAGCACUCUGAUGCUGAGGUGUCCUACACCGAUAAUGGGACAUUUAACCUAUCGCGUGGCCAGACCCCGCUCACAGAGGGCUCUGAGGAUCUCGACAGACACAGUGACGCUGAGGAAUCAUUUGCUCGAGACCUCCUAGGCUUCCCCUCCAUCAACCCCGAUGCCACUCUGAUGGACGACGACGACGACGACACGAGCAUAGGUCUGCUGAGUCUGUCCGCGCUAGCUAGUCACCGGGCCUCAGUGCUGGAUGUAGAUGCUCAUCUGGACUCGGACCAGGAGGACCUGGAUUCAGAACUCUCUCUCAGCGGGCUGCCACCUGCCUCCGAUUUCGCCGGAGACUUGGCCGGAGUCAUCGCCAGCAACAUGAUCCAGGCAGCGCUGGCCGGGGCGUUGCAACCUCGGCCUCCUCGCAGAGAAGGCCCUCCCAGGGCCAGAGCCCACCGAAGCUACCGCAAGCAGUCCAGCUCCGAGCUGGACACGGACUUGGACGGAGAGGACUUUGAAAUGCUGGAUCAGUCUGAACUGAACCAGAUGGAUCCCCUUGGAGGAGGAGGGAGUAGUAGACGGGGAGAGAGCCAGGGGUCUAACUUCUUGUCUAGCCUGCUAGGUAAACCACAGUAGUGUGUGUGUGUGUGUGUGUGUGUGUGUGUGUGUGUGCGCGUGCAUGAGUGCAACUUCAUGAGCAGUGAUUGUGUGAGAUGAUUUUAGGUUCCAGCAGCCCUGCUUCUAAUUGGCAUCAGAUUAUCACUGUGAAGAUUUUAAUUUUAUUUUUCCUACACUCUUUCCUCCCUUACUUUUAAUCCCUGAUCAUCCAGACUCUUACUUUGUAGGCUGAGCAAUAAGAAAUGCAACAACAUACAUUAAACUUAUUAUUAUUAUUAUUAUUAUUAUUAACCAGCAUUAUUGAGCCGUGUCGCAGUCUUGUAAUUAAUUUACACGGGCACUUGUUAAUUACUUAAGAAUAAAGAACAGUGCCCCCAUAAGAUCUUUUUUACUAUACAGGGCUAUUUAACAUGGGACCAAAUAUGACAUUCCAGUUGGUUGAGCUGAUUACUUUGAUAAUGACACUAUGGAACAGCAUUACAUGUUAUAGUUUCUUUAGUCACUGGAAUAGUCGAUAUAGCUAAAUAAACCCCUCAUUUGUGUCCCUUUUCAAAGAACCAGCAGCUCAUGUUGCUGUCGCUAUUCUUGCUCUUCUGUAGUCCGAUAGUUGAUUUAUUUUGUUCCAGGUUUACAGAUUUUAAAUUAAUGUUAUUUAGACUCUUGUCAGCAGUAGUGAAUUUGGACAGUGAUUGUCUUCCAUAAUGAAUAUGAAGAAUAUUUGCAUAAAAGUUUCAGUUCACUUUACUUGUUUGCGUCUCUGCUGUCUUAACAUACGGGGGCAUCUUCAUGCGUUUUUGGAGCUUCUUUUGUCCCAUUCUUCUGAUAUCUGACCUGAUGUUUGCUGUUCAUUGUGUUCAUGAACUUGUGCCCCAGGAGGAGGAGGUCUGUUUCUUAUUUCUAUGCGAGUAUGUUUUCAUUUCCCUGCCUUUUAAUACAGCUCAAUAGCGUAAUAUGUCCAUGUUUAAUACCUUGAAUCAGCUUUGUGUUUCAAAAGUCAUAUUUAAACACAUUUCUUUAACAUUUACCAUCUUUGUAUUUCAUGUAGUUGAUGGUCAUGCUGAACUUUUUAAGAGAAAAAUCUGAUGUUAUUCAAUACAGAGAUCUUUUACUAUUUUAAUAGGGGAACAUGUUUACAUCGAAAUUGGGUAUAGAAAGUUAUCCUUCUAUCCUUUUUUAAAAAGUGUUGGUAAAGGUUUGAUGUGGCUUUUAUGUGCUGGUCAGCCUGAUUUCCAUUUGAUGGACAAACCACGUCAGUAAGACACAACUUAACUGCGGAAAUGGCACUUCAAACUUAAAUGAGCCACAGUUGAGAUUUAUUAAAAUGAGAAAAUGCUUUUUAACAGAUGCAUUGUUCUCUUUAAUUAUAUUUUGAGAGGAAAAUUAUAGCAGCAACUAUUAUUUAACACAAUAGAAAAAAAACAGCUGGAUUCACAUUCAGACGGUGAAGUAGAUACAGAUGUGCACUGUUGAGGAGUUUGCUGAUACGUCUAGGCUGAAAUAGAUCAGGUCCGAGUGGUCUGACCUCAGUUAACCAGAAUGUUGCUGAUUGCUGCUCCAGGAAGAGUCGGUUCCUCAGUGUGAUGAUGUUUAUGUGCAUAGUAGUGUAUAUUAUUCUCUGUAAACUGGUUUUGAUAUGUUUUGAUGUGCAAAUCUUAUUGAAUAAAAUGUUUGCAAUUAAA